UUUCGUCUCUGUACGCGCGCGCGCAUAUUCUGCGUACGUGCGUGUGUACGCGCGUACUCUAUCGAGAGACACGUUUCGUUUUCGUUCCAGUCUCUAUCUUGGCUUCUCGAGACGGAAGAGCCAGCGGGAUUUUGAAGGGAGAGGCAUUACGAUUCAGGACUAGGAACUCGAUCGAAGGAUGGAAGUUAAAGGGCGAGUUGCCCUGGUAACGGGGGCUGCUUCCGGUAUCGGAAAAACUUACGCCAUCGAGUUGUUGAAUCAGGGAGCCAAGGUAUCGAUUUGUGAUAUAAACAGUACGGAAGGCGAGAAACUGGCUGACGAACUGACCGUGAAAUAUGGAAAAGAUCGAGUAAUAUUCUCCCAAUGCGAUGUCACAGAUUAUCCACAAUUCGAAGCGUCGUUUCAAACAACAAUCGCUGCUUUUGGACAUAUCGACAUCGUCAUCAAUAAUGCCGGUAUAAUGAAUGAUCGAUUCUGGGAACUCGAAGUCGACAUCAAUCUUAACGGUGUGAUACGUGGCACUCUCUUGGCUCAACGAUUUAUGGGUACGGAUAAAGGUGGACAGGGUGGUAUAGUUGUAAAUACCGGAAGUAAUAUCAGUAUCAACCCCUACGUCAGCGUGCCCAUCUAUUCGGCUACAAAGGCGGCAAUCGUUAGUCUUACCAGAGCAUUUGGGGAUCAGUAUCACGUGGAGCUAACGGGCGUCAAAGUGAUGGCACUUUGUCCAAGCGCCACGGACAGUAAUUUGGUGGCGGAUGUUGGCAAACAGUUACUUUCGCCGCGAUAUCAAGACGCCUGGAGUCGAGACACUGCUUCUUCUGUUCCGCAAAAAGCGGAGCACGUUGCCAAAGCGUUGAUUCAUAUUUUGAGUAUGGGCAAAAGCGGAAGCAUUUGGAUGGUCGAGAAUGGUGAACCACCUCGCGAAGUGAACUUUCCAAAAUAUUAAUUAAUUUACUUAAGAGAGAAUAAUAAAAAGAUAAGUUUCAACGCG